GUGCUGGCUCACUAUGGCACGUUCGAGGCGCCUGUGCUCGCGGAUACGACCUUCGAAGAAAUCCAGAAGCAUUUGUUGAAGGGCAGACCGUUUGUAGUCACUGAUGGAGCUCGUGGCUUGCCCAUGGCGGAAUGGGACUGCGAAUUCGUGCGGAAGCAGUUUCCACAAUCAAGGAUUCGACAUGAGGGCGGUUCCAGUGAAAUGAAUGACAUCCGGAUGAGCAGCAACUGGCCGGAGACGGCCAAGGCAUAUCCUGAUGCUAGCAAGUAUCCGGAGGGGGCCCCAAAGACGCGGCCUUUCUACUGGGACAUCGCCAAAGCAUACCAAGCAGAGCGGGAGCGGAAGUGGGGCAAAGAUCCUGCAACGGUCGUCAAGAAGAUCUUGGAGACCAGCCAGGUCCCCUACUGGCUGCCUAAGCAGAGCGCCAAGGAUAUGGGCCAUAGUUCUGAAAUGUGGUUUCAUCCGAAAGGGGCCGGUGCCCGUGCACACAUGGACCCUCACUGCUCCACUACAGUAUCUUUUUGCUUCUCGGGCGAGCGCAAGUGGCGGAUGAUGGUACCGCCUGCUGCACCACACUCGGAGGGCUACUUUGACGGAGAGAUCUAUGGAGCGCAGAACCCGUCCAGACGUGGCGAGUGGCAGCCAACUUUCGAGCUUCAAGCUCCAAAUGGAUCCGCUGUAGUUGUUUAUCCAGGAAUGAUUCACGAAACUGUUUCUACGGCUGAUGAAUGCUCGUCCUCUGUCUCCCAGACAUUCUCUGUUCCGACUCCUGCGGCAUACUACCGCGCCUUUUGGCCACGUUUCGCGCUGAUCGGCGAGGAUGUGGGUGGUUGCGGGCACGUUGUGGAGAGCCUGGUCACGCUUGGAAGCGGUGCCAAAGUCCGGCCAGCGCCGGACCCUGCUGCAAGAAAGGCUGCGAAGCAUUUCAAUCACAAGGUGGACACCAACAGGGACGGGCAAAUCUCCGCAGAUGAGCUCAUGGCUCUUCAAAAGGGCCGCGGUCCUGGGCUUGCCGAGCUCAUCAGCUUCCAUGACACCAACGCUGAUGGCAGCGUUUCGUCGGAAGAGCUGAUCGGUAGCUAUGUCAUGUUUGCCACAGCCAGCUUCCGAGCAUCAAAGCAGGGACGCAAUACUGAGUUAUGA